AUUGCCAUCAUUAAAAAUGGCUUCUCACUCUCUCUCUCUCUUCUCAUCUGUUUUUCUCUCUCCACCACAAUCUCUUUCCAGAACGCCAAUUCCUAAAUUAUUCCUCACAAAUGCUAGAAAUUGCAUCCCUGUACUCUCCUGCACUCCUCCACAACAAGAAGCAAUUCUCCAAUUGGUAGCUAACGCUGACGAAAACACUCUCCCUUGCAUCAGAGCUUUUGAGAACGACUUAGCUCGGGUCAGCUUAGUCGGCUCUGUCGGCUUCGAUCAAGCUGUCGUUGCGGCUGCUGCCGAUGGUGGCCGAGCCGCAGCCGACCACAUUGAUUCCGGUGCUCCUGCCAUGGUCGUUGAGACCCUUUUUCCUGGUCCCGGAGACCAGCACGCCACCAUCUCUACUCGAUUGUUUUUACCUGCUAAGAAAGUUAAAGAAAAGGCUGCAAAACUCAGUCGUUCUUUCAAAGAAGAUAUUUUCUCUGGAACUGCAUCUGAAAACAUACUUGCAAUGACAUUCAGACAAGUGGUUUUGCAACAACUGUGGAACUUUGAGCUUGCUGUGUUUAGGCCUGGCACUGAAAGAAAUAUGGAGGACCUUGAAAACCCGAGAGAGCAGGUUCCUGCAUCUUUCUUUCUCAGCUCAUCGGAUGAACACAUUAUCUCUGUGCUUGCAGAAGCUAUUUAUAUUGCUGCUCUUCAAAACACUGAAAGCAACUUUCUUUAUGAUUUUAUGGGGGAAACUUCUGGUGGUGUAUUCCGGUGGUUUCAGAAGCCAAAAAGCAUUGCAUCCCAAGAUUCUUCUGUUGUCAUUUAUAAACUAUUCGAAGAUGAAAUAGCAGGAAAUGCAAAAAAGUUGCUUGAAGAUUUUAAUUUAAGUAAGGAUAAGGGAAUCAAAUUGAGACAGAAGUACAAAUGGUGGACGCCAGUAGCACUCUCUAAGUUGGAAACAAUUGGUGGCUCUGACUUCAGUGCUUGGGUGAGUGAGUAUGUACCUGCUUAUAGGCUACAAAUUGAUGCUGAUAUAGUUAAGGAUGCGAAAAUGGAAGGCUGGAGAAGAUUUGGAGAUAAUAGAUGGGAAGUUCUUUUGACCCACUCACAAAUGGCUGGAUUGGCUGAAAUAUUAGAUAUGUAUUUUGAAGAUGUGUAUUCUUUGCCCCAUAAAGAGCUAUCAUGCCGUGCCACUGCAAAUUUUACCAACCUUGCUAACACAAAGAAGAGCUCUUCUUGGCUGAAAUUCUUGUCAGUUAGCCUUAUUAGUGGAAUUUUUCUCAUCGCCAUCAGUGCUUUUAGUCGGUUUUAUUUUCCUCAUCUACACAAACAACAAACAUACAAUCAGGAGCAUAGGUCUCCUCCAUCAUCUGAAAUUGAGCAUUCAGUAAAUGAAUCUCUGCAUGCUGAAAAGUUGCAAGAGUUUUGCAUUUUGAUCGUUAAAAAGAUAAAGGAUGCAUUUGGCUGGCCUGGUGAUAUAAUAACGGAAACAAGUAAUGGUGCUUGGAUCGGUGAAAUCCCAAAUUACUUGAAAGCAAUGGGCGAAUAUGAUUCCAGUAAGGAAGACAGUUCAACUUCUGAUCCCAUAGAAAAACUUGAUGAAGAUAUGAAGUCAUCUGCACAGGAUAUAGCUAGUUAUCAGGUCGUUUUGUCAACUGAUGGUAAAAUUGUUGGGUUCCAACCUACAAGCCGGAUAGGUGUGAAUCAUUGGGCAGCCAAUCCCUUAGCAAGGGAGCUGUAUGCUGGACGAAAGUUAUCCCCUGGUCUUGUUGAACCUGGCCUCAAGAUCCGCCCUCCAAGCGAGAUAGUUGUCAUAGAGCUUUUGAUGUCAGUAAAUUUAGAUGCUUGCUUUGCAUUGGCAAGGCCAGUUCAAUGACAAAUUGCAUAAUGCAUGUGAAUACAGUUCAUGCAGUUUUUGGAAACCCAUGUUGGUUUCAAGUCCAAGAUGGAAAAUUUCAGAUAGUUUGUUUAGAUGCUUAGAUGAAAAUUACAGAAUUGGCGAAUUUAGAAGCCUUGUCGUAACUUUUAAGCCUUCGAUGUCAAUCCACAUGGUAUAGUUAUUCCAGUAUUUUGAAGGCUGCUCAUGCUAUCAAAGUCAAAUUUCACAAUAUCUUAGUAAAUGAGAUGCAUUUUAUUGGUUUGCCACCAAUGGUCUGA